CAUGGGGACGUCGCGGGACGGCUUGGCGCUCCUGUGGCAUCUCUCGGUGUGCUCGCAAUCCCCGUUUCCUUUCGCCUACGAACCCCCUUCUCCGCAGCCCCUGUCCAGUGCUUCCCAUCGUCCAGGCUUCUUGCGUCCUCGGGGGCGUUUCCCCGGGGGCUGGGUGGCGGGGUCUGCCGGUCUUCGGGUCCCUCCAAAGGGGGCUAGGAGGGUCCGGGCUACGUUACUAUGGAGUUUGAGGCUCGCCUUAGUGACGGCGCCGCUUCAGAGGAGAGUCUUCCCCGGACUUCGUCCCGCGCUCGCCUUUCCAGGCCAGCCCCUCGACCAAAAAGGGAUAUAGUGCAACUCACAACGAUUGAAAUCAGGAACAAGAUAGUAGAAUUAGAAGAAGGAUUAAAAAAUGUUGAUGAUGAAGGUAAUGAAUGGAAAACUCGUUAUGAAGCACAAAUUGAACUUAAUAAACAUUUAGCAAAGCAAAUAUUAAAUCUUCGACAGAAAAUGGCCAAAGUUCAUGGGAAUCCUUCAGAUAGAUUAUCUUCUAUUCGUGUCUAUGAACGGAUGCCAUUGAAUUCUUUAAAUCAAUUACUUAAACAGCUAGAAAAAGAAAAACGAAGUCUUGAGUAUCAAGUAAAAGAGUAUGAGCUUAGACUGGAACAAGCAUCAAAGGCUUUCCAUAAGACCAAUGAUGAACGACGGGCCUAUUUAGCAGAAAUAUCUCAGUUAACAAUUUCACAAGCCUCUAAGAAACAACCUAUGGAUUCUUUGGCCAAGAUGAAAGAAAAUCUCCUUAAAAGAACUGGAGGCCUGACAAUAUGGUACAAGCUCAAGGGGGUUGAGAAUUGUGAAAGGGGAAGAUGGAUUCCAGCAAACUGGAGGACAUCAGAUAUCAAGAAAGGACCAUUUAAAAAGACUGCAAGAACAAGCCAUCUUCCAAAACUAAAUCCUUGAUUCCAGACAUUCAUUGACCUUGUUUUUUCACCCAAGAUGUUCAGGCUUUACAUUUAGUACUCAGUACUUUCAUUGAGGGAAUGAAAUAGAUAAGAAAGUACUGACUACCAGACUACAAAGCUUUGGCUCCUAUGCCAAAAAGAUCUUUGACAGCACAGAGGUAACUUUCUCAAGUGAUCAUAAAAUGCUUUAUAGCACUGUCAGGAUUUUGAGAGACAUCUAUAUAAAAUGUGGAGAAAAGGAUUAGUUGUAUGCUUUUUUUUCCCCAUUUACCCCCUAACCUGACU